AUGUAUAGAGCUGCUUUGCUAAAUGCUGUAGACACCAUCACUUAUGGUUUGUAUCCGUUGCCAGAUAAUGCCAUAUGUACACCUGGAAAUGAGAGCACUGUGAGCGGAACUUUCACCAUAGCGUCUGGAGCAGAAUUUACACCGAGCUUGCAAAAUCAAAGCUCAGUGGACUUCAAAACUCUCGCCUUCGAUGUCCAACAACUGAUCUAUGAGAUAUUUCAAGCUGGCCUGCUGAAAAGUGUCUACAAAUCUUGUCAGGUUUUGGAGUUUCGAAACGGAAGUGUGAUCGUUCUUUUUAAACUUCACUUUACACAAAUCACAGCAAAUGAGAACAUACACCAGGAACUGGUUUUGGGAAUUGAGGCAAAUAAUGCAGACAUUAAUAAGAAGUUUUUUAUAGACAAUACCACCAUUGUUAUAGCAGAUGCACAAGAAAUGGCAACAACAAGUCCAUCUACGACUCUGAGACAGUGCCCACCUGAUGAAAGAAUUUGUGCUGAUUCGUCAUUUUGCAUACAAGAAACUCGGUUUUGUGAUGGACUUUCUGACUGUCCAGAUGGAUCAGAUGAACAUGAAAAGUUUUGCAGUACACCAUGCGAUGGGCAGUUUUUCUUAUCCGAAGCUUCUGGAACGUUUCAUUCAAAAAAUUACCCACAAUUGUAUGACCCAAACCUUUCCUGUCGAUGGAUUAUAAGUGUCAGGGAUGGCUACAGCAUUAAAUUCGACUUCCAGUCAUUUGAUACAGAAGAGUUUUCAGACGUGUUAGAUAUUUAUGAAGGAAUCGGACCCAAUAAGAUUUUAAGAGCAUCCCUCUGGGGAACAAAUCCUGGGACCGUGCGAAUAUUUUCCAAUCAGGCAACAGCUGAGUUUAUAACGGAUUAUAGUAAUAAUCACAAUGGAUUUAAAGCGAUAUAUGGCACAUUUCUGAGCGACAAUGUAACAAAUGAAGAGAAAAUUAACUGUAAUUUUGAAGAUGGUUUUUGUUACUGGUUUCAAGAAAUACAAGAUUAUGAUGGUUGGGAACGGGUACAUGGCCCAACUUAUCCCCCUACAUCUGGACCUAAUGAAGAUCAUACAUUUGGUAACUCUUCUGGUUAUUAUUUGACCCCAGGGAUUCAAGUGAUACCAGGGAUAUUAAAAAGUGUCCGUCUUCUAAGUCUCCCAUUAAAAGAAAAUUCCGUGCCGCUGUGUCUGAGUUUUUGGUAUCACAUGUAUGGAGUCAAUGUGUACCGUUUAAAUGUGUUUAAUAUCUUCGCCAAUAGCACAGAAACUAUAAUUUUUCAAAAAGAAGGAAAUUAUGGACCAAGUUGGAAUUAUGGGCAAGUGACACUAUCUGAAACUUCUGGAACUGUGGUUGCAUUUGAAGCCAUUCAAAACCAGCGUUUUGGGGACAUAGCAAUAGAUGACAUUGGCCUGUUUCCCGGAAGCUGUAAUGAAAGUGGCUUUCCUGAACCAACACGCGUUCCUACCGUUCCAACGACUGCUCUCCUGCCGUCUGAUUGCGGGGGACCUACUGAACUAUGGGAGCCUAACGUUACAUUUCAUUCCGCCAACUACCCACAAAAUUACCCAAAUCUUGCUUCAUGUGUUUGGUACCUGAAUGCGGCCCCCGGGAAAAAUAUCCAGCUUCACUUUCAAGUUUUUAACCUGGAAAAUAUAUACGAUGUUGUAGAGAUUAGAGACGGCAGAGGACCUGAUUCAUUGUUACUGGCUGUUUAUACUGGAAGUGCUCCAGUAAAGGACGUCUUCUCCACAACCAGUGCAAUGUCCGUCUACUUCACCAGUGACUCCACUGGAACAGCAAAAGGAUUCCUUGCAAACUAUACUACAGGCCUCCGCCUUGGCAUGCCAGAACCAUGCAAUUCAACAUCUUUCCAAUGUGGCAGUGGAGAAUGCAUACCAAAUACCGCUGUCUGUGAUAAACACCGCGACUGUGAUGAUGGCACAGAUGAAAGACAUUGCGUCCGUCUCUUCAAUAGCAGCAUGAGUGGGCUGGUUCAGUUCAAGGUGCAGAGUGAAUGGCAUACAGCAUGUAUAGACCACUGGAAUGAGGACAUUUCCAAUGACAUUUGCCAUCGGUUAGGACUAGGAAAUGUAAACCUCACCUCGGCUGUAUUGUCAGAAGGAAAUGGACCAUUUGUUACGUUAAUUCAAGUGGAGGACGGUAGCCUCAGCCUUCUGCCAAGUGACCAGUGUGCCAACCAGUCUGUUAUUCACAUUCAGUGUCAACAAAGAGAAUGCGGAAAACGCCUUGUGCCCAUCAAAAGCGGUUCUAAGAUCGUGGGAGGAAGUGAUGCGGCAUUAGGGGCAUGGCCGUGGAUUGUCUCUCUGUAUUAUAAUGACAGGCAAACAUGCGGUGCUUCCCUAGUAAACCAAGAGUGGCUUGUAUCAGCAGCGCAUUGUGUGUAUGGGAGGAACUUAAUACCAUCCAAUUGGAAAGCAAGACUAGGCCUGCACACCAAUCUGAAUCUGACCCAGCCGCAGAUAGCAACUCAGAUGAUUGAUCAGAUUGUCAUAAAUCCACAAUAUAAUAGGCGCACGAAAGACAGUGAUAUAGUAAUGAUGCAUCUGCAAUUCAAAGUGAAUUAUUCAGAUUACAUUCAGCCUAUAUGUUUGCCAGAAACAGACCAAGAAUUCUCUGUGGGGAUAAAUUGCUCAAUAGCUGGAUGGGGCAGAACACAAAGUGGAGGUCCUGUUCCGAAUAUACUGCAAGAAGCAGAGAUUCCACUUAUAUCAAACCAUAAAUGUCAACAACAAAUGCCGGAAUACAAUAUUACAGAUAAUAUGGUGUGUGGAGGCUAUGAAGAAGGAGGGAUAGACACGUGCCAGGGAGAUUCUGGAGGUCCAAUGAUGUGUCAACAGAAUAAUGAAUGGUUUUUGGUUGGAGUGACUUCAUUUGGAUAUGGAUGCGCACAGCCAAGUCGGCCUGGAGUUUAUGUCCGCGUCACCGAGUUCACCAACUGGAUUAAGAGCUUCAUAAUUUAGAAAACAAUUCAAAUGGAUUCAACAGGAUAGAUGUCCAUCAUAACAGAAAAUAAGACUAAAAUACUGUAACUGCAAAGGCUUCUUAGAAUGUCUUCUUUCAUUGCAUAUAGUUCCAAAUAGGUGACGUCAGCAACAGAAUGAUGUGUUCUUGGCAGAGCUAACCAAACAUAAUAUUGGCUAUCAUGGCUUGCUGUUAUCAUAUAAAGAAUGUGUAUGUAGAAGAUGCUAGAUGAGAUUGGGUAAUGAUGAUGGGUGGUCUAGAUACUCUAGUACAAUCAAAAUGAUUAACCAGCAUACUGUAUAUACUUCUGUACUGGCCUGAACCAUGACUAGAUAUCCUUAUCUUCAUAAAUAAAUGACCCUUAUUCCAUCCUAUCACGCACUUUAGAUCUCCCAUUCAGACAUUAUUACCAUCAUGCUAUAAACUGUAAAAGCUAUUUAGCCUAUGAGGAUAUUAGUGCUUUUAGUUUACAAAAAUGAAACAAAUAUCAUGUGCUGUUAAGCAGUUUCCGUGUACACGAUAUGUGCUCUACAAAUUGUAUGUUCUAAUCCAUUUUUUUGUUUGCUCAUAUUUAAGAAGAUAUUUGCUAUUAUCAUCCUAUAUUUUAUUCAGUAUACAGUACAUGUACAUUCUUGACACAUCUUUUCAUCUUGCAGUUCUUCUUCUUCUAGAUAUUCAUCACGCUGUAGGACAGACUGUGCAUACAGAAUUGCAUUGGUUAGAAGCAAAGUCUGAUAUAUAGAUGAUUUUUAUCUGUCUUUGUCAACAUAGCAUUGGGAAAUAAUAAAAACCAUUUUCUGUUCUUGA